AUGACUUCUCACGACGAACUUGACCACUUAAAGGAUUUUUUACGAAACGAACCCUUAAAUAAAAUUACUGUUGCUAAAGCCUUUCAUGAACUAUGGAAGUAUAAAGAUAUACAAUCGGAAGGAAGGGAUUGUAACUGUCUUUUGGAGGUCUUCAAAGAGUUGACAGCAGAAAAUCUGAAUAGUCAGAGAAAGCGACACCUCACUUCAUUACAAGAUAUAGAUAAGAUGCGAUGUAUAUGGGUAGAGUUAAAAUCAUUAAUGGAUGAAGACCUAAUUCGGCUUGAGACUAAUGAAUCUUCAAGUUGGAAAUUACAUGCGCUGUGUAACAUUAAUAGCUUAAAGGAUGCAUUGCAGCAAGCAGGCACGCCUGUUCAUCAUCGUCUUCUUCAAAAGAUACAAGAACUAGAUAUUAAUGAUUUAACCUAUGAUAAUCCGUUGGCUAAUGGUAUAGUUGACCUUGGAUCCUCUCAAUACCAGUUAACAGAUGAUGACUACGAAAUCCUUGCGGGAGAGAAAUGUACUAUAAGGAAGUUGAAAAAAGGUUAUCUGAUAAAGAGUGCGUGUGCAAAUUACGUUAUGAGAAGAAACGAAAUCCAAACCCAGUACAAAUUUGUCGUUGCACCUUCAGAAACGACAAGGCACAAGAACUGGGUUGUGAGCGAAAUCGACAGAGCACAAAUAGCAACAAACAUAACCGACACUCUUCUACAGGAAAUGAAAAGAAACGUUCUUCACAAAAUUUCCAAAGCUUCUGAGCAUGCACUCGUAGACGUCGUGGCACGUCUUAUUGAGGCGUCUAUAUAUCAAAUGCCAAUUGGCUUGGAUAUCGAAGUAACACGAAAUGAUCGUCAGAGUGAUGCCAGCAAAAAACGAAAAAAUCGACAAGUAUCCGGUUCAAGAGGAACAAGCCAGACUUAA